GGACCGAGAGAAAGCAGAAAGGCGCUUGCUAUACUUGUGGAAAGCCAGGUCACUGGGCAUCAGAUUGCCCUUCCAACCACCGAACGGCGAGAGCUUCAUCAUCGUCGCCUCCUCCUGCGGUGUGGCUUGCACCGUUUGUGUUUCCCACAGCGUCGCCAACAAUGGAAGAAGGUACUAUUCUCGUAAUUGUAAGUGCGGCAAUGGCACCCAAGGCAUAAGUUUCUACAAAUGGUGUGAUGACGUCAAGGCACCCAUGUGCGAAUGAGGUGCCGGAGCCUGCACCGUCAAUAUCCGAAGAGAUGAAAACGGGAAGGAAACCAAGUACAAUACUUUCCGAAUUAGAACGGGACAUGGAGCCUUUGGUUUCUUGCUACUCGAUACUGCUCCAAGUCCGGCGAAUUCAUGGCCGAGGUCUACGAAGAUGGACAAAAGGCCACCAACAUUGAGUCCCCAGUAUUGUGGCCUGCCGAAUAUUAAGACUUGUCAAAUAUCUGCUGCUGGAAAUGGAUAUUUUAUGCCAUUUUCGUAUACUGGGAAUGUUCUUAGAGGGAUCGUAUUCUCCGUGUCCAUGCCGGAUGCUGAAGUUAAUGAAGUACCACAAAAUGCUCUCAGAAAUGGUAUGAAAACAUUGGGUGUUCCUUUGCGGACUUCGAACCUCGAAACAGCAUUCACUGCUAUGGAGGAGGAAGGUGUAACAAAUACAAUCGUGAAGGAAGUUGGAACAGAUCUUCAGAAAGACCGGGUCACUCGUGGAAUGAAUGAAUGAAUGCAGACCUUUUGUCGAGCACCUGGUGGAAUCUAUUCGGGUAUAUCGAUAGUUGCAAGAAUGGGGCCAACUCUCCAAGGUAAUGGCAAUCGUGCUGUGCAUUCCAUCCCAACAAAUACAUGAAAAUGUUUAAAUGAAUAUCUGGCAUCAAUGGAGAUGCAUUUGCUGCCUUUACGGACUCUGGAAGUUAUCAUCUCUAACCAGUCCAUGAAGCGGCUUAUUGUAUUAAGGAUGCACUCUGUCAAAUUGAGAAGCUCGAGACGCAUCUUCUAAAAACUGCAAUGGAUGUAGGACAAGCAAAGAGAUGCAUACAGGCUACAUAUCAAGAGCUGACAAAACUCCUUGAAACUUCCACAGGAGAAACAAGAGCAAAUGCAUUGCAACAAGGACAACAGUAAAUGAGGUAAGAAGUCACCUUGAACAUAUGUUAUAAGGCUAUGUUAUUUCAAGUGUGUGUGGAUGACUAAAACAGGUACGUGUUAAAUAGAAAUAUAUGCAUUUUUAAAGAAGAAAAAAGUGUCAUGUAUUUUGGAAGUUCUUUUGAGUGUUAUGCCUGCCUACCUAUGUUCAACCGUGUAAAGGACACGGAAGAAAGUAGAACUACUUCGAUGAAUCAGGGUGAUGUCUGGCUGGCAGUAGGAAAAGAUGAGGGAAACCUCGUUUAGAUUAGAGGACAGCAGUCUUAGAUGUGUUUAAUGUAAUGCUGCUAUUAUAUUUCUGUUAGCAUAACCAGUUUGCAUAACUGAGCAUGCGCUGAUUUACUACGUCUAGGAUCUGAGGUUUGUGUAACAGAAAUAUAGUAUCAGUAGAACGAUCAACAUGACAUACGACAUGUAGUUCAACAGGGAAACACAAGUUGAAAGGCAUCCCAAACUCUGUUAGUUGGGGAAUGAGUGAAAAUAAUAGAUGAACACAAUGCCCAUUGAUAGAGCAGUCUAUAAUAUUUACAUAAUGAAGAGAUGCAAACAAUGGCAGCAGAAGAAGAAAGGAUAGACGGCAGCAGUUUUAGGCAUGGCCAGACAGAGAAUAUUAGAAUGGAUUUACAUUGUUAAUUGACUCGUAAAUGAAAUUUUGUGCUAGGCCCCUCAUAAU